AUAGGGAAUGAAAGUUUCCUAUCUGAAGUCCAGAAACUAUUGGUUCUUCAAACAAGUUUCCCUGGCCAAAAACCAAAAGUAAGACAGUUAGGAGAAGUUAGACACUUCAGCCACCGCCAUCCGCUGAAAGCAAUCAAACAGACGAAUGAGGCAUCAAUCAUGAGUUGCUGCAUAUGUUCAGGCAAGUAUUCGUGCGGUUACAUUUGCCAGCAAUGCAAUUACUUCAUCGACGAGACCUGUUUCACUCUUCCACCAAAGAUACGACACCAAUAUCACCCGAAUCACACCCUCAUACUCACCAGCUACACCGAUCAUCCAAAUAUCCACUGCACAGCUUGCAGGGCAGAAGAUGGUACGGCAUACCAUUGCUCUACUUGUAAAUUCGGUCUCCAUCGUACCUGUGCUGGUGCUCCCACGACAUUAACACUUGGCACAAACAAGAAAGUUAGUUAUAAGCUCCUCUAUUCGUACCCGUUUAAGGGUGAGAUGGCUGUUAUCAAAUGCAGUGGUUGUUCCAGUAAGUUAAACUCAAAGCAGAGCUUCUUGUACUACAAUUUUGACCUGGAUGAAGUGCUCCAUGUCCAUUGUGCGCUUAAUAGAGAAGCUGGAACUUAUGAUACUAAGUUCCGCUUAGCUAGUGAAAGACUGAAAAGCAUUAGAAUAGGAGAAGACUGCUCCUGAUAGCAUGUACUGU